AUGAUGAAUAGUUCAAAAAGAUUUUAUAUUAACUUAAUUUUAUUAAAUAAAAAAGUAAAAUUCUCUUAUAAUCGUGAGAUUUCAUCAAAUUCUAUUUUUUACCAUAAAAAUGAUCUAAUAAAAGUUAAUGAAGAGAUAAAUAAUUUAGAAGAGGCAUUUAUUAGACGUAUUUCUAAAAUGAACAAUACAGCAUUAGCUUAUGCGUGUGAAGAUAUAAAUAAAAAUAAAAUUAACAAUUUACAUAUAUGGAAAUUAAUUUAUAAUAGAACAAAAGAAAUAAGUAAUUCAUUUUCAUUAAGUGAGUUAGUUGUAAUGUUUCAUGCAUAUUGCAGAAGCAUAUCAUUUGAUCAAAAUUUUAUAAAUUUAAUAAACCUUUUUUGGAGUUUAAUUGAAAAUAAACUAAAUGAUUUAGAUUAUUUAUCUUUGAUAGCUUUAUAUUUUUGUGCAGAAAAAACAAAGAAUUCACAAAAAAUGGAAGAGAUUAGCAAUUUACUUCUAAAGAACAUACUGCAUGAACGUGAUAAUAUUAAACUUAAAGAAAAAGGGUUAAUGAUUAUUUUAAAAAUAUUAUGUGAUGAUAAAAAAAAAAUUGAUGAAGAACAUAUUAAAAAUAUAUGCAACAUUGUACAAAAAGUUGACAUAAAAGAAAUAAAGAAUAUACUUUUAUGUAUGCAAUUUUUUUUAAAAUACAAAGCAUUUGAUGAACCUUUCAUUAUACUACUAAAAAAAAUUCAAUCAUUAUUAAUUUUUAAAAAAAUAAAUCCUUAUGAUAUUUUAAAACACUUGUAUUAUAUAUCAAAUAUUAAUAAUCCUAUUAUUUUGGAAGAAGUUAAAAAUACCUUAUCUAUUAUUUAUUUAUCACAUAGUAUAAGUAAAGGACAGUAA